CGGCGCCGCAGUCGUGGAGGGGCACUGGGAUCGUAGGCUGCCGCGGGCGACGCAAGUUCCGCACAGAGCCCGUCUCUUCUCGCAUCACGCUUCUUCCUCUCUCCUAGUUGCGCGCUGCCUCCCGACGGCCGCUCUUCCUGACGAGAGCUUUCGGAGUGCGGUUGCUGAGGAGAAGCCGUCACCACCCUGCCUCGGGGCCGAGUGAGGGUUCCUGUCGCGCCGCGUCGCCCGCUGCGCCGCCUCCUUGCCCUCAGUGGCGGGCGCCCUUCUCGCUGGAAGCACUCCCCCCAGCUCCAUGAAUGGAAAUCGGCUCCGCAGGACCCGUUGGGGCCCAGCCCCUACUCAUGGUGCCCAGAAGACCUGGCUAUGGCACCAUGGGCAAACCCAUUAAAUUGCUGGCUAACUGUUUUCAAGUUGAAAUUCCAAAGAUUGAUGUCUACCUCUAUGAGGUAGAUAUUAAACCAGACAAGUGUCCUAGGAGAGUGAACAGGGAGGUGGUUGACUCAAUGGUUCAGCAUUUUAAAGUAACUAUAUUUGGGGACCGUAGACCAGUUUAUGAUGGAAAAAGAAGCCUUUACACAGCCAAUCCACUUCCUGUGGCAACUACAGGGGUAGAUUUAGAUGUUACUUUACCUGGGGAAGGUGGAAAAGAUCGACCUUUCAAGGUGUCAAUCAAAUUUGUCUCUCGGGUGAGUUGGCACCUACUACAUGAAGUACUGACAGGACGGACCUUGCCAGAGCCACUGGAAUUAGACAAGCCAAUCAGCACUAAUCCUGUCCAUGCCGUUGAUGUGGUGCUACGACAUCUGCCCUCCAUGAAAUAUACGCCUGUGGGGCGUUCCUUUUUCUCAGCUCCAGAAGGAUAUGACCACCCUCUGGGAGGGGGCAGGGAAGUUUGGUUUGGAUUCCAUCAGUCUGUUCGGCCUGCCAUGUGGAAAAUGAUGCUUAAUAUUGAUGUUUCUGCCACUGCCUUCUACAAAGCACAACCUGUAAUUCAGUUCAUGUGUGAAGUUCUUGACAUUCAUAAUAUUGAUGAGCAGCCAAGACCUCUGACUGAUUCUCAUCGGGUAAAAUUCACCAAAGAGAUAAAAGGUCUGAAGGUUGAAGUGACUCAUUGUGGAACAAUGAGACGGAAAUACCGUGUUUGUAAUGUAACAAGAAGGCCUGCCAGUCAUCAAACCUUUCCUUUACAGUUAGAAAAUGGCCAAACUGUGGAGAGAACAGUAGCACAGUAUUUCAGAGAAAAGUAUACUCUUCAGCUGAAGUACCCACACCUUCCCUGUCUGCAAGUGGGGCAGGAGCAGAAACAUACCUAUCUGCCACUAGAAGUCUGUAAUAUCGUGGCAGGGCAACGAUGUAUCAAGAAGCUAACGGACAAUCAAACCUCCACUAUGAUCAAAGCAACAGCAAGAUCUGCACCAGAUAGACAAGAGGAAAUUAGCAGAUUGGUAAGAAGUGCAAAUUAUGAAACAGAUCCAUUUGUUCAGGAGUUUCAAUUUAAAGUUCGGGAUGAAAUGGCCCAUGUAACCGGACGCGUACUUCCAGCACCUAUGCUCCAGUAUGGUGGCCGGAAUCGGACAGUAGCAACACCAAGCCACGGAGUAUGGGACAUGCGAGGGAAACAGUUCCACACAGGAGUUGAAAUCAAAAUGUGGGCUAUAGCUUGUUUUGCCACACAGAGGCAGUGCAGAGAAGAAAUAUUGAAGGGUUUCACGGACCAGCUGCGUAAGAUUUCUAAAGAUGCAGGGAUGCCCAUCCAGGGCCAGCCUUGCUUCUGCAAAUAUGCGCAGGGGGCAGACAGCGUGGAGCCCAUGUUCCGGCAUCUCAAGAACACCUACUCAGGGCUGCAGCUCAUUAUCGUCAUCCUGCCAGGGAAGACGCCAGUGUAUGCGGAGGUGAAACGUGUUGGAGAUACACUUUUGGGUAUGGCUACACAGUGUGUUCAAGUCAAGAAUGUAAUAAAAACAUCCCCUCAAACUCUCUCAAACCUGUGCCUAAAGAUAAAUGUUAAACUUGGAGGGAUCAAUAAUAUUCUUGUACCUCAUCAAAGACCUUCUGUGUUCCAGCAACCAGUGAUCUUUUUGGGAGCAGAUGUCACUCAUCCACCAGCUGGUGAUGGGAAGAAGCCUUCUAUUGCUGCUGUUGUAGGUAGUAUGGAUGCCCACCCAAGCAGAUACUGUGCUACAGUAAGAGUUCAGAGACCCCGACAGGAGAUCAUCCAGGACCUUGCCUCCAUGGUCCGAGAACUUCUCAUUCAGUUUUAUAAGUCAACACGGUUCAAACCUACUCGUAUCAUCUUUUAUCGGGAUGGUGUUUCAGAGGGGCAGUUUAGGCAGGUAUUAUAUUAUGAACUACUAGCAAUUCGAGAAGCCUGUAUCAGUUUGGAGAAAGACUAUCAACCUGGAAUAACUUACAUUGUAGUUCAGAAGAGACAUCACACUCGAUUAUUUUGUGCUGAUAGGACUGAAAGGGUCGGAAGAAGUGGCAAUAUCCCAGCUGGAACAACAGUUGAUACAGACAUUACGCACCCAUAUGAGUUUGAUUUUUAUCUCUGUAGCCAUGCUGGAAUACAGGGUACCAGCCGUCCUUCACACUAUCAUGUUUUAUGGGAUGAUAACUGCUUUACUGCAGAUGAACUUCAACUGCUAACUUACCAGCUCUGCCAUACUUAUGUGCGCUGCACACGAUCUGUUUCUAUACCUGCACCAGCGUAUUAUGCUCACCUGGUAGCAUUUAGAGCCAGAUAUCAUCUUGUGGACAAAGAACAUGACAGUGCUGAAGGAAGUCACGUUUCAGGACAGAGCAAUGGACGAGAUCCACAAGCUCUUGCCAAGGCUGUACAGAUUCACCAAGAUACCUUACGCACAAUGUACUUUGCUUAAAAAGUCUAAGAAUAUUCUCUGAGAGGAAGAACUGGAAGAUGAAUCAACAUACAACUUAUGUUUCCAGUGGAGUCAGCUGAGUGGGGAUGCCUCCAGCCAUACAGAAACCAACACUGUGGGGGGGCCAGAGUCUGAUCUUUAUGUUAAUACGGAAGAUUGUUUACUUCAUCAAGGAACACAGCACCAUUAUGCAAUAUGAAACCAGCCAACUGCUUUUUUGUGCGGUCUCCUGUAGGAAGUAUCGCAAUCAUUUUGUUUUCACUUUCUUGUAGUCUAACCCUUUUAAUGCCUUUACCUCAAGUUGCUUGGCAGCACAACUCUUUGCAAAAAAAAAAAGUAAAGAAAAAGUAAAUGAUGGUUUUUUAAAAAACACACCUAUAUGAAUAAUCAAAGUUAUUGUUCACAGUUAUGUGUGCAAAAAAUGUGCAUUCAUGUAUUCUUGUAAAAGUUAUCUGUAUAUUUUACUUAUAUACCUGCAUACUGCAUAUGCAUAUAUAUCUGGAUCUACACUGAUAAUAGAUAUAUAUGUAUCUCUGUAUAUAUUUUAUAGUUCAUUCCAUUGGGGAACUUUCUUUCCCUUUUAUUAUCCUCCCACCACCACUAUGAUUUCUCUCUCUACCUCCCUUGCCUUCAUCACCUACAUUUGUUUUUCCCUGAUGCUACCAGUAACAUUCAGAUGUUCAUGUAUCUGGUUCAUUUGAAUAUGAAGCAUGGCAAACUAGAUUUUUAUUUUGCACGCCCUACUCCUGUCUUGUCUCAUACAUAAUUCUGAGUCCUCAUCUCUUGGUAUUGCUUUCUUAAGAAACUAUAUAU